AUGUCGACGAAAAGCAAGCGAAAGAGCGAGGGUGUUGCCACUAAAAAGGGAACCAAAAAGCCUCGCAAGGGCAACAAGGAAAAUGAAACCGCUCUCGAAGUGAUGGAUCUUUGUGGACAAGGAUUUUUGUCGCCAUCGGAUCUCAUGACAUUCUUGGAGAAGCAAUAUCCACUCAGUAUCAAGAAAUUAAAGACGACCAAGAAAUUCUCCAUUCAUACCGAUUCCUUUCCUCGUGGUUGCAUGCAAGUUCUAUUGGAUCACAUUGGCGAAUGGCACCACCAAAUUGUGGAAUUCCAGCAUCACUACGGCAUGGUACGCAAGUAUCAACUCCAGAAUGCCGAUCUCAAGCUUCUCCUCAAGGAACAUGGAGGUUGGUUGACCAGUUUGCGAUUGGUACCACAGUCCCUCAAUCUGGUUGCGACAGUUCCUCCCGCGCCCAAACUCCAAGGAUGCGGCUAUCGCUGGACGACGCUACAUGCGCGGUGCUUGCAUGUCUUGGAACUGCCUUUAGCAAACGAUACCAAACAACAAUUGUUGGAUGGGACGCGCAAGACGCCGCUUCAGUUGGAUCGAUUGGAAGAAUUGGUGCUCCGCCAUGUCGGAUCCAACACGACACGCGAUCAAUUGGAACAUGUGGUGGCCAAUGCUCCCGUGUUGGGUCGUCUGGUCGUGCAUGGCGCCAGCAUAGGAGAUGAUUUGGAGACCUUUCUAGUCGCCAAAGCCAAAGAACAUGGAAAGGAUGAUUUGGAGAUUGAAGUCCAUGACUAA